UACCCAGCUUGGAGGAAGUUUGACAUCAUAACGGGUUUGUCUCCAGGCACAGCAUAUCAGUUCAGAGUCAAGGCUGGUAAUGACCAAAUUGGAUAUGGGCCCCCAAGUAAUGGACCUUACAGUGAGUGAUCAAACAUUGCUUUUUAGUCUCAAAGUAAGAUAUCUUAAUUUUACAGUUAAGGAUAUGCCAGAAAGAAUAAACUUAACUAUGCAAUUCAAGUAGGCAUAAGCUUGAUUUGUAUACCUAAAGUAAUAGACCCUGAAUGUCAGCAGAGUUGGCAUGGCACAAAUGAAGAAUAGUAUAAUAAAGUUUUAUACUUGUUUUUUUUCUGUGCCAAAGUGUGUACACAAAAUCCCAGAAACAUUUUAAAAAUAAAAUAAAAGUCAAUUUCAAUAUAAAAAAUAAUUUGUAUUAUUUCAAUUAUUUGUUAAUCUUUUGAAUACAAGCAAUUUUUAGCCUUUUUUAAAUGUAUAGAUUUGUUCAGAGUCCAAUCCCAGCAACGAGAGUCAGGGUUUAUUUACAUUGUAAAAUUGAGGGGAUUGUUUUACCAUAAGUCAAUUACUGCAAAUCAGUUUGGAUAUUCACAUUUUACUAGUCUCUCAAAUUGUCUCCAACAGAGUGGUAUAAUAUGAUGUCGGCACCCCCAAUAUUCAGCCCCCCUAACAUUGGAGGAGGGGGAGGAAGUGUUGGUCAGCUGAUCAUCACCUGGAAUGUGAGUCUAUAAAACUGGUUGAUGAAGGUCAGCUGGGAAAGUACAUGAACAACCCAUCAUUAAAUAUCAGCCUUUGUUAGUUUGUUUUGAUUUUUGACAAAUGUAAUUUUAUAAUGAUUUGCCAGAUAUUGAAAUGGUUUUCAAUGACUUGCCAAAUAUUGAAAUAUUUUAUAUUCUUUUUUUAUUUUUUUGGCUUCAUAUAUGCAUCUGAAUAAUUUUUUUUUUUUUUAAAUUUUACAGCCUCUCCCCAGAAGUCAGUGGGGUGGCCCCAACCUGCGGUAUGUGGUGUACUUCAGGUUGAAACAGGAGGAGAAUAGCAAUCGUAAAUGGGAGAUGGUGAGAAAUGACCUUGAACUUAUUUACAAAUAUUUGUUUCUGGUAUAUAUUUACAAAAUAAAUUUCAUCAGGUUUGUGUGUUCAUAUGCAAAAAUUGUUUUACUGAGGUACAUCAGUGCUGUACUGGGAUGGAUUUAUUAAAGAAAUAGGUAGCAAAAUGUUAAAUAGUAAAUGAUGGUCCCAGUGCAAUAAUGGAAAAUACCUUACUGAGGGGUUCAGAAACAAGGAGCCUCAACAAAACAAGUAGAUAGAUCAAAAUGAGAGAGUGAAACAACCCAUUGUAGUGGCUAUGAGAAGAAAAAAAAGAUCAAAGUAUAACAUCUUCUUUUUUGGUUUAAAGUUUGGGGAGGACCAAUUUGUGUUUUAAAGACUAAUCAAUUUUUUUUUCUACAGUCAGGUGAGCUUAGAGAUACUUUCUUCCACACAGUGGUGGGUACACAGUAUUACUACACUGAGUAUGAGGUGAAAGUUCAAGCUGUCAAUGACAGAGGCAGUGGCCCAAAUUCUACCAUUUUCAUAGUUUAUUCUGCUGAAGACAGUAAGUUGAUAGUUCUUAAAGAAACCAGUGGUAAUACAGGUUUUAAUUUGUAGCUUUUAUUUCCAAUCCAUGUUUUAUUUCUCACAAAAAAUUAAUAAAAAUAAAUUUUCUACCAAAGACAUGCAAGUCUAUUUGUACUCCCAACAUUUUUAAUCUAGUCUACAUGAUACUUUGACAUUGAUGUGUAUAUAUUAUAUUUGUUAUAUAAAUUUUAUGUUGAAGAAAUAUCUCUUUAACAGGUUUCAUGGCAAAAUAAGCUAAUGAAAAAACACCAAGGCUCUAUUCUAGUUUGUUCUCUUACAAUACAGUGAUGUUAAAUUUCUCCCCAACUCACAGUAAAUUCUUUUACACUCCAGUGCCUUCCAAUGUCUCCCCAACUUACAGUGGAUAUGAGGUUCUGAAUGGCACAGCUGCUAUUGUCAAUUGGAUACCUGUACCUAAUACACGAGAAGCUGCCAGGGGUACAGUCUUUGCUUAUCAGGUAGGCCUAUGCUAAUCAAGAAGCUAGAAGGUGUUGCAAUUUUCUUCUAUGAAUAUUGGAAGCAAAAUCAAAGAAAGUUUUUCCAUUAUCACAAAUUAAUGGGGUCAGUUUGUCUCCUGAACCUCUCAGUAAUUAUAGAUACAGUGCUAAUUUUUUUUUAAAUUCAUAGUGUUUCCUGCUUAAAAGAAUGAAUAAUCUUUUAUGCUCUAUUAGUACAUUAUCAUAGCCUUACUUUUUCAAGUCUCUUAUUAAAUUGAUCGUGGGCCCUUAAGAUAUAGAAGAAGAACACUAAAAGAUAAAUUCAAAUAAUUUUUGUGUUAACAAAUUUUUGUAUGUUAAAAGAAAAUAGUAAAGUAAAUGAAAAUAAAUGUAAAUGAAAAUAGAAAAGUAAAUGAAAAUAGUAAAAUGAAAAUAGUAAAUUAAAUGAAAAUAGUAAAUUGAUUGAAAAUAGCAUAAAGUAAAUGAAAAUAAUAAAAUAAAUAAAAAUAGUAAAAAGUAAAUGAAAAUAGUAAUGUAAAUGAAAAUAGUAAAAAGUAAAUAAAAGUAGUAGAGUAAAUAAAAAGCCACUAGGACAGUGAUUCUCAACCUGUGUGUCACGAACCCUUUGGGGGUCAAACAACCUUUAUACAGGGGUCGUUUAAAACCAUCGGAAAACACCUAUGCACUAUAGUUAUGAAGUAGCAACAAAAAUAAUUUUGUGGUUGGGGGUCACCACAACAUGAGGAACUGUAUUAAGGGUCUUGGCAUUAGGAAGGUUGAUCACGAUUGCACUAGGAGCCUAUUCAAUUUGUAAAAAAAAAAAUUUUUAAUGAUGAGUUGAAAGCCAUGUGACUAGUGAAACCAUGGUGUGUGGCUUUAAACUGUCAAGUUUUACUUGACCUUGUUUACUAUUUUAUAUUUUCUAGAAAAAUUGUAACUGAUUAUUUCAGGUCAACUAUUGGGAAGAGCCUACCACCUUGUGCUUAGGCACCAAUGAGCAUCAUGCUUUGUUUAAUCGUUACUAUGGCAACUCAUCCAGUGGUUUACUUAUAGGCAUGGAACCAGAGGGACACUACUGCUUCAAUCUUCAGUUCAUUAACCAUGCAGGCAUGGGACCUAAGACAGAUAAUUACAACUUUAACUUGAACCUUAGAGGUAAGGGUCAACAAUUUAUAAAAAAAUCUUUUGUUAGUCCUUCAAGCUUGCAAGGGUGGUUCAAAAUAUAAAACAGUUUUGGUCUUAAAAGCUGGAACUUCAAAAAUCCUGUAGUCUCCAAGUUAAGUCAAAUUUACAUUAAAAAAUAUUUUUAAAUUAAAUGAACAUGUCUAUCUGAAAUAAUUUUUUUUUUAAAUUUGUUUAAAGUUAUUUUUUGUUGAAGUGAUUAUAAAGUGUUAAAAUAUAGACAUAUUUUUUUUAAAUAAAUAGUUGGCAGAAGUUUCAAAAAUUGUCUAUUUAAAAAUAUGAUUUUUAUUUUAUUCUUUUUCAAAAUCAUAACAUCAUUUAAUAAAAAUGUAUUUAGAGAUGUAACAGGUGAGUCAAAUUCCUUGGUAUUUUCCCCCCUCAACUCCACCCCCUGACUCCCCCUCACCCCCCCUUCCCCUUUUCCCACAAAAAAUGUCAUGGUUUCCCUCUGACUUCACUAAAAUAAAAAUAAUUUUUAAAAUAUUGGUUUGAUGUGUGCACUUUGAUUAAAGAAUACCUGUACUGUGAAACUAUUAAUUUACACAUUUUUUGUCUCAGCACCCGGGCUAUACCCAGAGUAUGUCACCGUCAUGUCCCAUGGUAAUGACAGUGUCCGAAUUGAAUGGCGAGGAGUCUCCGUCCAUGUUGGUGAAGAGCAUAUUGUGGGAUAUAAGGUAAGACUUUGUAGUCUCCAGAGUUAUUGAACUUAACUGACCUACUUUGUCAGCUAUUUUCAACUAAAGAGAAAAAGCUCAUCUUCUUAAACAUGCUGAUGGUCAUUUAAGAAUAAAUAAUUUAUUUAUCAAUUUAAAACUCAAAUAAUGUCAUGGUCAGUAUAAAACUGUUUCAGGUGUAUACAAAUUUGAGAGUAGAAUAAGCCAUUUAUGUGUUUUUUACUAUAACAAUAUUAACUAUUUAUGAAUAAAUUCAUAAAAUAUUUUUGUCAUAAAUAUGUCUCUUAUUCCAAAUGCUCAAAUUUAUAUAUAAAAUGUAGGAAUUUCAUGAUUAAGUUAAUACAUUUUAUUAUACUUUAAACAAUUUUUAGCAGUUGGGCAAAAUCAUUUUAAGAAACCCAUCAAAAGUCCAUGAAAAUUUAAAAAUUUCUUGACACUUGCAGGCCUGGUGGUGGGAUACCAGGGAAGACAUCAGGUCAGCCAAAAUUGAGGUGUUUGACAAGACAGGGACAGGAGUGCUGCACGGUAUCCAACCAGAUGUCAUCUACGAAGUCAGAGUUCUGGGAUACAGCAUCGGUGGGGAUGGAAGGAAGAGUCCCAGUGUUUACUUUACAUUAGGUGAGCUGGCCACAGAUUGACCCAUUAAUGCCACACAAUCCAUUGUAAAUUGAAGCAUUACAAGUAUUUUUUCAUCUGCAAAGGGUGCUACCAGUGUAAAGUAAAUUUACUUUACCCUUAACAAAAAACCAUUUUGAUGCAAAGAGUCAUCUCCCUUAACUUGAAACUAAAAGACCCAUUGAAGUUUCCCAGUUAAUUUUUUUUAUAUUAAUAGGAAAGGUUUUGGAAAAUAAUGCCACUGGAUUCCUAGUCAAUCAAUAAUUUCAAGUUUAUUUUCUCCCUCAGCCUAGUCAAUAAUCAAUCAAAGUGAAUAAAAGAAUAUUUAUAAAACGUAAAAACAUUGAUUUCUACAAAAUAGUUUUGCAGUAUUACCACCCCCUCCACCCCCCCCUCCCCACCCAAACCAAACAGAUAUUUACCCAAUGGUAAAUUAAAAUGAGUUUCUUGGAGUUUAUACUAUAAAAAUUUAUUUGAGACACCAACUUUGCUGUUCGGUCAUAUCUUUACUGUCACUAUAUCUAUGUUUCAGGUGGUCAGUUGCCCUUUGACCCCACCACUACAGAGGUCUUGAACACCUCCCCCAAUCACAAAGGGAUGUCACUACUGUUUUUAUUCUGUUUAUUGUUGUUAAAUUUAUGUCAUAAUUUUUGUUUAGGUGACUUAUUACCAUCAUGAAUUAUCUACCUAUGUUUUAAUGGUUACUUGUUUUUAGUGAUAAACUAUUCCAGUGGUUGGCAAAUGGCAGCUGGCAAGCCGCAUGCGGCUCUUUAGCAACCUGAGUGCGGCUCUGUCAGCCGACCAGUAAUCGGUUUUGACUCUGAAAAAUAUGGCUCUUGACAGGUUCUUGAAAAGAAAUUUGGCUCUCAAAAAUUUAUAAUCGUCUUGCUGCUGAGUUUUUAGCUCUUUUUCUCUAAUGAGUUUGCCGACCACCGACCUAUCCCAACAUAAUUUAUUACUUUUUAAAUAUCUACAUGCAUUUCAAUACCGUGCUUCUAAAUGAUUAUCAAAUUUUAUUUCUCAUAUUUCAUUUGUUGUGACAGUUAUUGACGGCUGCCAGUGGCAGUCGAAAUAACUGCUCGUUG